ACACGUCCAGUUUAUGCGGGCAUAUGUUACGAGCCUUUCCAGAACGGGAGUGGAUAUCGUGGAGGGGCUGCUGCCGAAAAUAUCGAUUUUCGAAACAUUUAAGUGGAAAAGAUGUCCGAAGCUUCUGAAGAAAUUGUGACGGAGACUUUGGAAGUUGUAGAGAACAUUACUGAAGCGGUCAAGAAUGGUACUGGCAAGGUUCCUGCCACUCCGGAGGGGAUGGCGAUAGCAUAUGGUAGUUUGGUUAUUAUGGCUCUGCUUCCAAUUUUCUUCGGCUCGUUCCGAUCAAUCAAACAUCAUGCUGAUCAGAAGGAAAACUGUGAGAAGACUGGGGAGAAGCCAGAAAGGAUGACUCAGAAGGAUGCGGCGAUGUUUCCCAUCAUUGCUAGCUGUGCAUUGUUUGGAAUUUACAUUGUCUUUAAGAUUUUCAGCAAGGAGUACAUCAACCUGCUGCUGACGGGCUAUUUCUUCCUGCUGGGAGUGCUGGCCCUGACCCAUCUGAUCAGCACCCACGUCAGUCGACUGCUGCCCUCGUCUGUGCCGCUCAUCCAGUACCACCUGAAGCUGACACAGGAUGUUGGAGAGGAUCUCAUUGAUUUCAAGUUUAGCACUCAUGACCUGGUCAGCCUGGCCAUUUCUACUGUGAUUGGAGUGUGGUACUUGGUGAAGAAGCACUGGAUCGCCAACAACAUCUUCGGCCUGGCGUUCUCCGUCAACGGCGUGGAGAUGCUGCACCUCAACAACGUGCUGACGGGCUGCAUCCUGCUGGGUGGCCUGUUCAUCUACGACAUCUUCUGGGUGUUCGCCACCGACGUCAUGGUCACCGUGGCACGCUCCUUCGAGGCGCCCAUCAAAAUCGUGUUCCCCCAGGACCUGCUGGAGAAGGGACUGGCCGCCGACAACUUUGCCAUGCUCGGUCUGGGCGACAUCGUCAUCCCGGGCAUCUUUAUCGCCCUGCUGCUGAGAUUUGACGUCAGCCUGAAGCGCGGCUCUCAGGUGUACUUUUACCUGACGUUCGCGGCCUACUUUGCCGGCCUGAUGACGACCAUUUUCAUCAUGCACGUGUACAAGCACGCGCAGCCGGCGCUGCUGUACCUGGUGCCCGCCUGCCUGGGCACGCCGCUGCUGGCCGCGCUGGUUCGCGGUGACAUCAAAACCAUGUUCAAGUACGAGGACCACCCCGAGGAGCCGGAGACCGCCGACGACAAGAAGGCCGACGCUGCCGACACGAAAAAGACCGAGUGAGCGCCGUAUUGCCGGGCCCGUCUACCGCUGCCGCUGCUGCCGCCGUCGCGGUCCUGACUGGAAAGCCGCGUUAAUCUUCUCUCAGCACAGCGCCGGACGCUCUCUCGUCACGGGUUGGUGGGAGCGCAGCGGCUGCUCCUAACCGGUAGGGCAUAUACCGGUCUCAGACCUGCGGGAAAGUCUGGCGGUCCCGGCCACCGCCAGUCUGUCAGGCCGCAGACUCAGCCGGUCGGUAACCGCGCGGUGGUGGGGCCUCGACUCGGUGUGUGCGUUUGUCUUGCGCCUGUGUGCCGGUACGGAUGGCGAGCUCAGGCGUCCUGUGCGGGCGGCUAACACCGGCGGAUAGAUCUUGAGUUCGAGCACAAACGUGUCGCAGCUAUGUGAUCGCUGAGGGCGUCGGUGGGGGCGCAGAGAGGUCCUGAGGCCACCCGCCUGGCCGCGGGGCGGCCCGGGACGGUCACUGCCGCUCACCGCUGCGGCCCGUCCCCUCAGCUCGCCCGGGUCGCUGGGAAGGGUAGCGACGGUGGGACAUUCCAGGGGCACGGCUCUCGGCUCUGGCGAUCCACGUCCCUGCGAUAGGAAAUUCUAGUGUUCCGCUAAUGAAUGGGUUCUGUUUUGGUCUGGUCAUUUUAGUGUUUUCUUACGGCCUUAGGUUGUUAUGUGUCUUCAAAGGUUGUUUUCCUCGCAAGAGGCCCUUUUUCUUCGAAAUCCGAUGUGCUCGUACGUUUCUGCUAACCUGACAGUCUGUUCUGCUAUGCGACUGCUGGACUUCCAGGUGGCACGUCUGCUGGCUUAUCACUGGCUGUUUUAGAUGUCGGCAUAAAUCUUCCGUUCUUCAUAAUGCACCAGCCACUAGCCGUCUGCCCGAACACUUUUUUACGGAAGUAGCUGGUGCUUUGCAGGGUGAGGGUUUGUGGUGUUGGCGUCAGUGUAUUUGUUUAUAUCGUUGUUUGUUGAGCCCAUUGCCAUCGUAAAUUGUGUGCGUUAUUUAUAUAUGAGCUACAACUUGUGGAACAUUAUUUUUUAACAGAAUAUACUGUUGGCUCCA